AUGGUUAUGCUGGUCCGCGAGAUCAACGAGGCCGGCGGCGAAGCACUAGCACUCCAAGUCGACGUCCGGGAUUUCCAGAACAUUGAGGACAUGGUAUCCCAGACCAUCAAGAAGUACGGCCAGCUAGACGUCCUCGUCUACAACAGCGGUGCGAUCUGGUGGGCGACGGUCGAGAACACGCCGAUGAAGCGCUUCCAGCUCAUGCAGCGGGUUAAUCCGGAAGGCCUCUACGGCACUGUACAAGCAUGCUUGCCACAUCUGUACAAGAAUGGUGAGGAUGGAAAGGGAAGGGGGAGGAUUGUUGUGAUUAGUCCGCCGAUCUAUAGCCGCUUUUUGAAGGGCAAGACUGCUUAUGCUAUGGGAAAGUUUGGCAUGUCGGCCCUUACCAUGGGCAUGGCUGUUGACUUUGAACGAGAGGGAAGGUCGAAUCUCGCAAUAACAAGUCUCUGGCCUGCGGCGGCAAGUAGGCCUCAAGUCUUUGCCCUUAACGAUAUAGCUAACAGACGACAGGCCAUCGAGUCAGCAGCGACUCAAAACCCACAAACAGAUCGCGCAGAACUUCGCAAGCCCACCAUCUUCUCAGACGCAGUCCUAGCCAUCAUCAACUCGCCCACCCAGGACGUCAACGGCCGCUGCGUGCUCGAUGAGGACUUUCUGCGGGAGCAUGAGGGCCUGACUGACUUUGAAAAGUACUCGCUGGUUCCCGGAAGUCAACCACGCCGGAUUAUGCCAAAGAAGUUUCCUACGCUGUUGGUUGAGGAGCAGGACGAUGAGGGCAGGAGGAUGGAUAGCGCUGCGUUACCCAGGACGACCAAGUUAUGA